AUGGGUCGCGGCAAGGUGCAGCUGAAGCGGAUAGAGAACAAGAUAAAUCGGCAGGUGACCUUCUCCAAGCGCCGCAACGGGCUCCUGAAGAAGGCGCACGAGAUCUCCGUCCUCUGUGACGCGGAGGUCGCCGUCAUCGUCUUCUCCCCCAAAGGCAAGCUCUAUGAGUACGCCACCGACUCCAGCAUGGACAAAAUUCUUGAACGUUAUGAGCGCUACUCUUAUGCUGAAAAGGCUCUUAUUUCAGCUGAAUCUGAAAGUGAGGGAAAUUGGUGCCACGAAUACAGGAAACUUAAGGCGAAGAUUGAGACCAUACAAAAAUGUCACAACCUCAUGGGAGAGGAUCUGGAUUCUCUGAAUCUCAAAGAACUCCAACAGCUGGAGCAGCAGCUGGAGAGUUCAUUGAAGCACAUCCGAUCGAGAAAGAGCCAUCUUAUGAUGGAGUCCAUUUCUGAGCUACAGAAGAAAGGAGAGGUCACUGCAGGAGGAGAACAAGGCCCUACAGAAGGAACUGGUGGAGAGGCAGAAGGCGGCGGCCAGCAGGCAGCAGCAGCAGCAACAACAACAAAUGCAGUGGGAGCACCAAGCCCAGACCCAAACCCAUGCCCAUACCCAAAACCAACCUCAAGCCCAGACCAGCUCAUCAUCUUCCAGUUUCAUGAUGAGGGAUCAGCAGGCCCAUGCCCCUCAACAGAACAUUUGCUACCCGCCGGUGACGAUGGGUGGGGAGGCAGCAGCGGCGGCAGCAGCGCCGGGGCAGCAGGCUCAGCUUCGUAUUGGAGGGCUGCCUCCAUGGAUGCUGAGCCACCUCAACGCUUGAGGAAGAGGUUUAAUUGCCAUAGCAGCUGA